AUGUCGCUGCUCGGUGAGAAUACGACGGAGGUGAGAACGGGCGAGAUUUUGAAGGGGCUCUACGACUUGACGGCAUCCUCUGUCGCACCUUCGCUUCUUCUGGAUAGCUUCAUGCUUGGGAUUGCCUGCGCUAGUGCACCUCUCGGAUCAUACGUGCUAUGGGCCAAGUCGCACUCUGUAGGACGUAUACUUCCAAUCACGAUGAUUUGCCAACAGAAUCCGUUGGGCAUACCACUCACACAAGUUCCCUUCGCUAUCGACCCAUUCACUAUCGCGAGCAUAGAUGGGCUACCAAAUAUCACUGCGUGGAGAGAUGUUCUACCCCUUGUAACGGAAACGGCUCUCAUGGGGUUCUCUUCAGUACUGUUCAUGCUAACGGCUCGCAUCAUUCUACGGCAAUCGCCGUCCCUAUGGCGCAAUGGUUUGAAGGUAUUCAUCCCAAUUGCUACGAUGAUCAUGUACAUGCUAUCUUUGGCGCAUUGGAUCGUCUCUCUCACCAACCUUGUCAUGGACGCGUCGAGAUCGGCUAUCGAUUCAACUCGCAGCCUGGUUUCCAGCAACACACACUGGGGGCAUUCGCCAGUAGUCGCACGGAUUAUAGAUAAGUUAAAUCCGGAUGAGAUUACUCCUGCCCUCUGA